AUGCCAUCGACGCAUAAUAAAGACAAGCCUUGGGAUACUCCUGAUAUUGAUAAAUGGAAGACCGAAGAGUUUAAGCCUGAGGAUAAUGCCUCUGGGUUGCCAUUUGCGGAAGAGUCAAGCUUCAUGACUCUCUUUCCGAAGUACAGAGAAGUUUACCUGAAAUCAGUUUGGAACGACGUGACCAGGGCUUUAGACAAACAUAAUAUUGCAUGUACAUUGGACUUAGUUGAAGGUUCUAUGACAGUCAAAACUACACGUAAAACCUAUGACCCCGCUAUAAUAUUGAAGGCGCGAGACCUCAUAAAACUGUUAGCCCGUUCAGUUCCGUUUCCUCAAGCAGUCAAAAUACUGCAGGACGAUAUGGCAUGUGACGUGAUCAAAAUAGGAACUUUCGUUUCUAAUAAGGAGAGGUUUGUAAAGAGAAGACAGCGACUCGUGGGACCAAAUGGAAAUACAUUGAAAGCUCUGGAACUUCUUACCAAGUGCUAUAUUCUUGUACAAGGCAACACAGUGAGCGCUAUGGGUCCUUACAAGGGCUUGAAAGAGGUCCGUCGUGUAGUAGAAGACUGUAUGAAAAAUAUUCAUCCAAUUUAUUAUAUUAAAGAGCUCAUGAUCAGGAGAGAACUGGCUAAGAGGCCAGAAUUAGCUGAGGAAGAUUGGUCCAGAUUUUUACCCAUGUUUAAGAAGAGAAAUGUCGCCCGGAAGAAACCCAAAAACAUCAAGAAGAAAGAAUCAAAGGUAUACACUCCCUUUCCUCCUUCACAGCUUCCUAGAAAGGUGGAUUUGGAGAUUGAAAGUGGUGAAUAUUUCUUAAGUAAAAAGGAGAAAGAAAUGAAAAAGCUUGAGCAAAGGAAAGCUGAACAGGCAGAAAAGCAGGUAGAGAAAGAGCUAGAGAGGGCUAAGGAAUAUGUGGCGCCUGAUGAAGAGCAGUAUACCAGCAAACUUAAGAAAAGAAAAGGUACAUCUGAAGAAAAGAAGACCAGCUCAAAAAAGGCCAAAAAAUGA